AUGCUGCUCUCAGUCGCCCGCCUGGUCUCGCUCGCCCCGGUGAUCAACCUCGUCGACGGCUUGCUCAUACCCUCUUCCGCGGCAUCGCUCUACGACCCCAUCCCUGGCUCGGACGCCUUGCCCGGGGCCCUCGCGCCCUUGGAAAGGCAUCCCGUCCAAUGCCACCGCGAGAGCGACUUCCCCGGCCACGCCGACAUCCACUACAACAUGCAGUGGGAGGCCGUCCACGAGUUUUGCGACAAGAAGGCGUCCGAGAUCUUGACCUCGACCAUCCACGACCCGGCCAUGGGCAGGUUCCCAAUCGUGUUCAAGCACCGUCUGAGGUGGAAGGACUGGCCGCAUCGCAUCAACUACGACUUCUUCGUCGAGUGGGUCCGGGGUUGCAGGACAGAACAGCACUUCCAAAGGCUGGACUUCCCCUUGAACAGGGGCGGCGUCAAUUGCCACACUAUCAUGAGGGAUAACUACCUCCAAUGCAACAACGGAGGAGUUGGUGGAAGCACCCAGGUGGGAUGCCUUCUCUACACCUUUACCGGGGGAAAGGGGGGCAAGUGCAUCUUGACGGAUGAGGAACUCAAGUUGAGAGAUGAAUAUGACAAAAAGCACAGCAUUGUUAGGCCGGAUGAUAUAUGUCGUCUGUGA